UCCAAACUGUCAGCUGAAGACACUGAGGUUUUUGAGUCCUGCUGCAGAGAAAGCCUGUCAGUAUGUGACUGGAAUUAUGGGUAGAAAACCCUUAUUUAUGAGAGAGCUGAAUCUGAGUGGACAUAAACUUGACAUAAAAUUAGUGAAUUAUCUCGCUGCUCUACUGGAGGACAAACACUGUCAAUUCAACAAACUUCAGUUGAAUAAUAACAGUAUUACAGCAGAAGGUUGUGCUGCUCUGACUUCAGCAUUUAAUUCAAAUCCUUCAAACCUGAUAGAGCUGGAUCUGAGUGGAAAUAAACUCGGAAACUCAGGAAUUGAGAAGAUCUGUCGUCUGCUGGAAAACAAACAAUGCAGAUUAGAGAAACUGAAGUGUAAAAUCGAAUUAAGCAGAUGCUAUCGUUAA